CCUCAGAGUGUUCUAUUGGUACUACUUGUAAGUGCAAAAAAUGCAAGAAGCACUUCCUUUCAUUUAUCUGAUGCUGACAAGGAUUAUCUAAUGGAAUUAGAUGAGCAACUUAGUUACAAUUUAUUCAAAUAUGCAGAUAAACUGGAGGAAAAGGCACAGCAUGUACAAAGAAUAGUUAAAGAAAUUCGACAGCCCUUGAAGGCAGCAAAGGGCAUUGAAGAGGAAUAUCUAUCGAAUCCCUUGCACAGUUUUCCACUCAUUCGGCAUUUGUACGAAGACUGGGGCUAUUUAGAGAAGUUCAUGAAAAGGCCAGUAGGUCAAGCGCUGGAUUGCUUUGCCAUUGCAAAAUAUUAUUUAAAGUCUGGUAAAAUAGAUGCGGCUGCUGAUUGGCUAAAGAACACCAAACACUUGAUGAGUGAGGAUAAUGAAGAGGUUCACGAGGUCCUUGGUCUUUCCGUUCGUGAGGUGGUGUUGCUGCUGGCUCGAUGUCUGACCCAAUUGGGUCAAACUGAUGAAGCUUUCAAUCUAUUAAAGUCCCAGCCUGAUCUCGCAGAGAAGACACCUGAUCUGAUGGAUCUAUACAUGGCACAACCGAAAGGGUCUAAAAAUUUGUUUCCCACUUUGUCAAAAGCGUAUAGUGCUUGCUGCCGUAACUCUCAUACCCCAAUUCCCACCAGACUUCUUUGCCGAUACAACUCCACCUCUACACCAUUUUUGAAAAUAGCACCUUUAAAAAUGGAGGAGAUUUCUCUGGACCCGUAUGUCGUUGUCUACCACGAUGUCCUGGCCGAACGGGCUAUCGCAGAAGUUCUACGUUUGAGCGAGACUAAAGUGGAAGCUGCGAAUGUUGUUCAGCCCCCAGGAACCAUAAGAAGGGAAAAUGUUCGAUCCGCCUUGGGAUUUUGGAUGCCAGAACUUGGUGAAGACAUCAACGGACCCAAUGGACCACUGUACAAACACAUUCAAAAUAUAGUGAGGGAUAUUACCGGACUAAUUAUCUGGAAUGGGCAACGUUUUCAGGUACUAAAAUAUGAAUUCGGGGGCCAUCACUCCCCGCAUUGCGACUAUUUUAACAUGUCGCUAGGAAUGAUGCCACCGGAAGGGGAUCGCAUCGCCACCGUUUUGUUUUAUCUUAAUGAUGCCCCACAUGGCGGUGCUACGGUAUUCCCCGAUUUAAUGGUUAAGGUCCCAGCCCAAAAAGGAAAGGUAUUGUUUUGGCAUAAUCUUAGGGGAGAGACCCACGACUUUGAUGUCAACACACUUCAUGGGGCCUGUCCUGUUUUCCAUGGCACCAAACUGGAGCUCUACGGUAGCGGAGUGGACUACACCGUACCUAUGUGGACGCAGAGGCACGGCCGGACAAUGAAGCUGCAGUCCUGUCUGUGUCCUUGUUGUACCUCGUAG